AUGAAACAGAUUUAAAUCCAUUACCGAAAGAAGCUACUGAUUGAACUAACCCCAUAGACCAUAAACAAACUGAACCUUCUCUUCAUGUACUCUCAUUUAUCACCACGAAUCACGAUCUAGGGUUUACCUUUGGAUCAUAACGGAAUGUAAUUACAUUACAUUCUCUCUUCGCGCGUUUUCAAAUCAAAACUAUAUAAAGCCAAUGGGAGUUGUUAUUGAGAGCUCCGUUUGGGAACUGAAUCCGUCAAUAUUCAUCUUCCUCUUCGUUUGUUGCUGCUUCUCGUUCUUUCUUUAUCCUCAUUCUUCUAACCUCAACAGAACCUCUACAAUCUUCGACCAUGGCAUCUCUUCAUCUUUUCUUCGUUUUCAACGGAACUUCCUUUUCCUCUAUUCUCUUGCUUCAGUCGUGGAAGGUCUAUGGUCAGUGUUCGGGGAGUUUGAGUUAGCUUCCUAUGGAUUUGGCAGAGAGAAGAUGAUCAAGUCUCUAAGUUACGGAUAUACAACUGCUCUAUUUGCUGCUCCUUUCCUUGGCAUGCUUUCAGAUUUGAUAGGUCACAAGAAAGUUUGUUUGAUCUUUUGCAUCCUACACUUCUUUGCCGGUGUAUGGAGUAAGAUUAUGCAGCAACCAAGCAUUUUCGUGACUAGCAUAUGUCUCUCUAUGGCAAAUACAAUAUUCUCAUUCAGUUUUGAGUCUUGGAUGGUCACUCAACACGAGAAGCAAGGACACAGGCUUGAUUCACUUAAGGACACAUAUUGGUUAAUGACUUUUUUUGAAUCUGCAUGUUUUAUUGCCAGCCAAAUGUUUGCAAAUUGGCUGAUUGGUAAUAACAUGCAAAAAAACACUGCUCCUUCCUCUGCAAUCAUCUUCUUAGCAAUCAUAUGCUUCAUUUUUCUCACCAGAGGAUGGACAGAAACUUCAGGAACAACAUCUUUGAAGGAGUAUAGUCUGUCCUUCUAUGCAUAUAUUUUUGGUGAUAAAAGGAUAUGGCUGUUGGCAUGGGCACAAACUUCCCUUCAUUUCUCCAUAGGAAUUUUUUGGCUGCUUUGGGCACCUACGGUGGUGGCUGACGGCCGAGAAGUGCAAUUAGGAUUGAUAUAUCCAUGCCUUUUGGGCUCAAGGAUGCUAGGAAGCACUGUGUUUCCUUGUCUUACUAGUGGACCAUCAUCACUAAGAAUUGAGGACUGCCUAGUAUUUGCAUACAUCACACUGGCUAUUCUCUUGUCGAUUGUGGCCUAUGACUAUCAGGAAAUUGGAGUUCUGGUGACACUUUUUAGCUUGUUUCAUGCUUGUGUUGGCUUCAUUUUACCAUCACUUGCUAGAUUGAGGACCAUGUAUGUACCUAAUGAAUUGCGUGGAGGGAUGAUGGGCCUCUCUCUUGCCCCUGCAAAUGCUGCAAUUCUGCUUUCUGUGGUGCAAGGUGGCUAUUAUCGGAAUAUUGGAAAUGCAGCUUUAAUGGUGUUUGGCGUGUUUGGUUUGUUGCUAGCAGCUGGUUGCAUGCAUGCUCUGAAGCAAUGUGGAAAGCAACCGUACAACAACUGGCAUAAACAGUGAAUAUAUAUCACUAUUACAGGAUUUGGUUGUGGUGGAUGUCAGUUUCUUUCAUUGUACGCUCUGAGGAGUAAAAACAUUAGUAAAUUAGUUGUUGUCAAUGCAGGCAAGAGGAAAUAAAUGUCAGAGAAACACAACAUCAACUACUAGUGAAUACUGAAUUGAACUGGGAUUGGGGUACCUUCUGUAAGGACAACGAGAGGCUGAACAUCGAAACUUCAAAGUUUAAUUCAUUCUUUAAAUUCAGUCCGUGAUACCUAGCUCUCUUCUAAUUCGAGUAUGUCUGCCAUUUCAAGUUGUGGAGGACUAACGGGUUUAUGAUUCUGCCUAUAUAUUGUAGCAUGCAUGCAUAGCUGCUUGUGUUUGUUAUGGAGGGUAUAAUCACCUGCGCAAGCAUCUGAAGCUGCUAUCAGAAUCUGUAAUUGGAGGGACAUGCCAGUUUCCCCAGAAGUGCACCUGAAGAUCAUAAGGUGAAAAUUGAAUUUUAUUGUUUAGGUUUUGUUAGUGUUAGUAAUUUGUUAUGGACUUGUUAGUUUUGCGGACCCUAGUUUGUUAAUAUAACCCAUAUCACCUGACUAAUCUUAACAUGCUAACAAAUUAUGAGCAAAAUAAGGUUUUAUGAAUCCAUGAUGAUAACACUUGCAACGGUGGUAAUGCCAUUUUUAUUAAUGUGGGGGACACAAGGUAGCAAGUAGGUAUGGUUAUUCUUC